UGUAAGGACAAAGAACACUUCUUUACCUCGUUCACCCUCUCUCCUUUAUAUAUACCAACACACACUAUACAAACAAAUACUCUCUGGAUUUCUUCUUUUUUCUCCACUCCAUGUGAAACAAAACAAAGCCUAAUAUCUCUUCGACCCAGGCAUUCGUUCAUUUUGCAACCUGAAUACUGAUGGAAACUGUUAAGUUGGACCCUAGCUGCAACCUCCCUGAAGAAACAUCUCACAAGCUGUUGCUUCCCCCUGAUUCUCCUGAUAUAAUUGAUAUUUUUGGGGAUCCACAAUUAAGUCGAAGAGUUGGAAACAAAUACCAGGUGGAAAUUCCUCCCAUGAUAACAGGAACGGAGCAUCUUUGGCUUUUGAUGGACCCUGUUGACUCAGAAGGCAUUCCCUAUCUUGCCCAUUCCUUUUUAUUAGGCUUACCUCUCCCUGUCAUGUGGACACAUGAAGAUAUCGGUUUCGAGGAUGAAGACAAAGGUGGUUUAAGUAAGCCUUAUCAUGGAACUAAGGUGGAUGAGCCUGUUAAAUCUCGGAAGUGCCGAGAGGGCCAGAAUUCCAAGAGGAAGGAAAAUUUUGAACCAAGUGCUGAAGAGUCCGGUGCUAGGUUGGACAAUGAAAAAGAACCAAAUUUGGACAACCUUGAAUGUGGAAUGACAAGUAAAACUAACAAGCUUCGACUGUUAGAAAGUAAAAGCUCUUGUCUAGUUCCUGGUGCAGCAGGUGAUUCCUGGAGCAAUGCAGACAUGGAUGGUUUUCUUCUUGGUUUAUAUAUAUUUGGGAAGGAUUUUGCUCAAAUAAAACGGUUCAUCGAGAACAAGGGCAUGGGGGAUAUAUUGUCAUUUUACUAUGGGGCAUUUUAUAGGUCUGACGGAUAUCGCAGAUGGUCAGAUGGCCAAAAGAGAAGUCGUCGAAAAAAUGUAUAUGGACGGAAAAUCUUUACUGGUUGGAGACAACAGGAAUUACUAUCUCGUUUGCUUACCCAUGUCCCAGAUGAAUCACAAAGUAAUUUGCUUGAGGUAUCUAAGUCAUUUUUGGAAGGUAAAACUUCGCUUGAAAAUUAUAUUUGCCACUUGAAGACUAGUGUUGGCAUAUCUGCACUUGUAGAAGCUGUAGGUAUCGGUAAAGGGAAGACAGAUCUUACAGGCCUGGCCAUGGAACCUCCAAGGACAACUCAAGUUUCUGCUGAAAUACCAUCUGGGAAGGCUUGCUCAUCUCUUACAUCUGGGGACAUCAUCAGAUAUUUAACUGGAGGCUUUCGACUGAGCAAAGCUCGAUGCAAUGACAUCUUUUGGGAAGCUGUUUGGCCACGUUUGCUUGCACGAGGGUGGCACUCUGAGCAACCCAAGAAUCAAUGCUCUGUUGGUUCCAAACAUUAUCUAGUUUUCCUUAUGCCUGGAGUGAAGAAGUUCUCGAGAAGAAAACUUGUUAAAGGGAAUCACUACUUUGAUUCUGUUAGUGAUGUUUUGAGCAAAGUUGCAUCUGAACCAACACUUAUCGAGCUUGAUUCUGAAGGAAAUUGUAUGAGCAGAUGCAAUGAAGAAAAUGUGUGCAUUCCAGGGGAGUUAUCGGAUCAAGAUGAUCCUGCCUAUCAUAAGCCUCAUUAUCUCAAGCCUCGAGUCUCUAUGUACAGUUCAAAGCAUAUGAAGUUCACAGUUGUUGAUUCCAGUUUGGUCCAUGGAGGGAAAGCAUCCAAGAUGAGAGAAUUGAGAUAUUCACCAAUUGAUUUGAUGUUUACUUCAAAACCGAUUCACAAGGAUACUCGAGACUCACGGCAGGUAAAUGCUAAUCAUAUGCUCUCAAAAGGUGACAAGUGUGGUACUAAUGCUCACCAUUGUGAGGGCAUAAUCACUAGCUCUACUGCACACCACAUUAAAUUUACCAUUGUGGAUACCAGUUUGCUCCAUGGAGGGAAAUCAUCUGGGGUGAGAGAACUCAGAUAUUUACCGGUUCAGUGUGAAAUUUCUUCUAAAAUUAAUAAUUUUUCGGGAGGAAAUGAAGAAAAAUCAAGUGAUGGUUCUUCGGAUGAGGUUGAGCGAAAAAAUGCUGACAAACUAUCAAAUCAUGGUCCAAUUGCUGCUGAUAAAAAACCUAAUAGUAAGCCAGUUGCUGCUGCUAAUGUAAUGAAAGGAGAAGGUAAAUAUGGAAAUGACAUUUCAAAUCAAAAUCUGAAGAACUCGUGUCAUGCAGACCAGAGUUUGUUGAUUCAUCAAGACAAGAAGACCGAUACAUCAGAAGAUGCCAGGUCUAAGAGGAUAAUAAAGCACCAUUUCAGUCGAAGAGCUAAAUCAGUUCCUUCUAUUAGUUUGGUUCCCUCGGAAAAACGAAGGAAAUUAACUUCUUGUACUAAUAAAGAGGCAAGCUGCCUUACCGAGAAUUUAGCUGCUAUAUCAAUUAAUUUAGCUUCUCCAAUGAAACGGCAAAGAUUAGCCGCUUGUGUUAAGAUGGAGGGAACUGAUCUUGCUGAGAAUAUCUGUAGCAAUCCAGUUAAUUUAGUUUCUCCCAUAAAGAGACAGAGACUAAAUGCUUGUACUAAGACAGAGGAAAGAAAUCCUACUGAGAAGUUUUCUGCUGGAAUUAGUGAACAAACAGGGGUAUGUCAUGCCUUAGAUUCUCAAGAUGAAGGCAGCAAUAAUGUUCUCCACAUGAGUCAUUUUCAGGAGAAAGUACCGUUUCUUAGCUCUUCAGCUAAAGGUAAUCCAGAAUUCACAGCGACUUCUCAGGGGAGUAAUGAGAAGCUUCCAUACUUGUCAUCAAUUGGUUCAAACCAACCUCCAUUUCCACCUGACGCUCGGAAUGGUGAGCCAGGAACCUUGGAAGCUGAUGGUGGCCAGAUCAUCAUUGUGAAUAAUUAUGCUGAUUUGUUGAAAACUACUCCUAAUGUUUGUGCAGAAGAGCAGCAAGUUGUGAAUCCCCGGAGGCAAAGCAAAAGAAGCAGACCAUUGACCACUAGAGUGUUGGAAUCUCUUGAGAGUGGGUUCUUCAACGUGAAGAAGAUGCCAAAAGUGAGAGAUGUGCAAGCACAAGCAAUCCAAUUUUCAAGUCCUUCCCGAAAGGCACGUAGUAGAGUCAAACCAACAUCAAAGCAUGUGAAUCUUACUGUUAAAACUGCAGAUGCAAAGGAAGGAAAAGACCGAGAUGGUGCAUUUAUCUGUUCUAAAGAUGUUAUGACCCAACCUCCUCAAGUGGCUCGCUAGUAUUUUGCAAUCUUCAUGGUUGGACAACAUCACAUGAAGCUCUUAUCAACGACAAACUGAUGUAUUCAUUUAUGGAUAUUCUUCCAGUCCAUCUCUGAUGGAUGCCUCAAACAUCGUUGAUAUAGGAGGGGUUGACCAGUGAUCCAAUUUCCUUUAUUCUUCCAUGUCUCUCCCUCAGAACACUGAAACAUCAGCUUUUGUUUUAUUAUUAUCAUUAGAAGCCAUUUCUAGACAUUCGGUUGCAUUGGUAAACCGAUAAAGAGUCAAGGAGGAGGUAACACUAAACAAAGCAUGCACCAGUACAAGUUGGGGAAGAUUUUCUGAAACUUCUGUUCAUCUCCUGCACUACCCAUUUACAUCAUUGAAGACUCCUUUAACAGCUUGUGAAUGUAGCAUUUCAUGGUAUUUUUCUCCUCCCCUCAUGAAUUAUCAAACCUGUUUCAAGGGUGCAUCUUUAAUCAAAAUCAUGGUUUAUUUUAGUUUAUUAACUUCCUGCAACUAGAAUUAACACCGGUCAAUAUGAUGUGUUUGUGGUUGAUCAAA